CGGCCACGAGCACCGUGCCCCGAGCGUUAUCUAAUUCCAACACUAACCGCUCUGCCCCGCUCCGACCCAAAUGGGGAAUAAAGUCCCGCACAAACCUUCACAACUUCUAUAGAAUUUAGAACCUAUCCUACUCCUAGAAGCGAGCAAUCGAGGAUCCACACACCACUCAAUCACGCGUGCCAAGAACCGAACCCUAAGAAAUCAGCGCAAAAGCCAGAUUUUUUAAGCACCCAAAGCCACUUCUUGGCCGCUGCUGUGGUCUUCUACACUACCAGCUGCAUAUUUUAGUCCUCCUUUCACAUGGUCCGCACCUAGCACUCCGUCUCCCCCACGGUAAUCCCGGGCGAAUCUGCCCUUCAAAUCGCAGUUCUUUAGCAGAUUUCCAGACUCCUGCAGUUCUGUUCUGCCUUGCUGACUUUUUGCUUCCCUUGGUCAUAACUCCUUGCCGUUCUCGACCAGCCUUCAAUGGCGAGGAGUUACGCGACGCGACGCGCUUAAGGCUUGCUCUGAAACCCUGUCUGAUCCGGUAGGCGUUUCGAUCCUUUUCCGCGGCCGGUUGUUUCUUAGCUUGCAUGUGUAGGCGCAGGCAGGCAUGGAAGGAAGCUGUAGCCCCACGCGUUGCCGAGAGAGUCCAAAGCCAUAUACGCCGUCGUGUGUUGAUGGAAAGAGAGGAGUGUGAGCCGGAGGAGUAAAGGCGGCAGCUUUUCCCUUGACGCCUCGCCUUGUGGCCCCCUCCGUUCUGGAAGGUUUCGUCUCCGUCCUCGUCUUCCCUGGAGAGCUUCUGAGUUCCGUUUGCCUCCUCCCUCUCCAUGUUUGUUUCGGGGUCUUGUUAGUGCACAAAAGCUGAGCGCUUUGUCUCAUCCGUUCUGUUCUAGCAAGCGGCGGUCUUGUGCGUCGGCUUGAUGCUCUCUUGGUCCCUUUGAAUUGAUAGCAAUUUGGUUUAGGUCCUGAGUCCUCUUCACCUAAUCUUGUUUUUAGUUUCGGUUGGUGAGUCGUCGGUUAUCUGCUUGUUUGUUGGCCCAGUUCUUGUUUAUAAUCUCCCGGCCGUCUUGUUCUGUUCUUGUGCUCCUCACAUUGGCCACACCUCCAUACACCAUCCAAGGCUUCUCUUUUUAUUGGUCACAACUCACAACUGUAACGUUUGGAUCGAGAAGAGGAGCGCUCGUUUGUGCUGGGAGGUUGGGAGGCAGCGAUUGCUUCAGGCGAGCCUUGGAUGCUGCGUGUUGAUCUCUGAGCCUGAGCUGAUCAAAGACUUUUUACUGCAUUCUCCAUAAAUUUUAGUUCUUCAACAAAGAUGGAACUUGUAUACUUGGAAAGGAGAAAUGGAUUACACGACGAGAGUGCAAUUCCAGAGUUCAGUGGAAGGGCAGAAGAUCAAGACCCGUCCAUUGCUGCAUCUGAGAGUCAAUCUGAUUUGGGUCAGAUAAACUUUAAGAAGCCAUUGCCGUCAGAUAAGAAAAGCAAGAGCUGCCAGUCAUGCCAUAAGUCACAGUGUUCGUGCAGCGGCGAUGCACCCCAUUCAGAUUUGUAUCCUGCACUUCCUGCCAAGAUGAUGAUCUUGGAGUUUCUCAUCAGAAGCCUGAGGAACCCGACAAGAACCCACGAUGUGAGCGAUCUUGACGACUUGAUCACCGAUGGGGUCAGCCAAGGGAGUGUAAAUCUUGGUCCUUCUGAGAAAAUGGUGUUGGAUUCUUUGCAUGCUCUUGUAAAUGCGAAGACAAGACCGAAAAGCCCGUCGCUUUUCCUGCCUGGAUCUAAGCUGAGAACAACUCGGUCGAAAUCCCAAAUCAUAACACAGUCAGAGAUAUUGAAGCUCAUAUCUCCAGAGACAUGGGAAACCUCCUCCCCAGGGGCAUCUCCAUUGAAGAAAAGCACAGCUGAGCUCAGCAUGCAUGAGAAGAUGUCGCCCUAUUGCUCGCAUACGGCAUCUAUUAGCUCAAAUCAGCCUGCUCUAUCCCACUGUCCAUCAUCUCUUAGUGCUGGUCUUCUUCAAUGCAUAUGGAAGGAUGGGCUCCCUCGCUUUGAACUGUCACUGGACAAUCCUAUCGCGGUAUACACUGCAAAACCAAUCAAGGUGCAGGACAAUGACAAGGCCCUUGACUACGUCUACAUGAUUCACUCAGGGGAACAAGGAAGAAAAGAUUGGAUGGGUCACUCAAGCAAUGUGUCAAGACUUGUCGGCAAGAUGAAGGUGUCAAGUUCCUUAGUGCUAAAUUCAGACAAGUCAAGUCUUAUGGAAACUGAGUUUGUUCUGUAUGGUUCUCUUGAUGACUAUCUGAGGCAGAUGCAUAGUUCUUAUAAUGUUACAAAAGGAAAGGGACUUGUCAAGAGAGUGACAGAAAUUAUGAGAACAGGGAAUGUUUCCCCUAGUCCGAAACAUUCCUGGAAGUUUGGCAAAUCCUGCUCUCAUCAGUUCGAUGACUUGACUGACAUACCUGAAGGUGAAAUGAUCACUGCUAGGGAAUCGGCCUUGACAAACCUCGAUGCUGAUGAUUUGCCGACAAACCAAGAGUUAGCAGCAAUUGUGGUGAGGGAUCAACGGCACGAACGCCGGAAGGAGCCUGUUGUUGGCGGCUGGGGCCUGAAGUUCCUUCAGAAAGCAGGAUCAAGUCAUUCAGAGGGCUCUGAAGAUACUGAUGUUCCGAACAGAAAGGGUGCUGCAAAAUGUAUAACUGCUGUUGUUCCCAGAGGUUACCACGGUGGCGCGGUUUCAAAAAAUAGCGGCCCGUCAGGUCUCGUCGAGAGAUGGAGAUCCGGAGGACGCUGUGACUGCGACGGAUGGGAUCUUGGCUGCCCCAUUAGAGUGCUGGACAACGAUGGUUGUGCUUCGUUGCCUUCAGCGGAGUCACAGGACAGCAUAUCAGUAGAGUUGUCAAUCAAGGGCGCGAAGAAGGACGAGACAAUGUUAAGGCUCGUGAAUAUCACGGAGGACCUGUAUAUCCUCUACUUCGACUCCAGUCUUUCACCAUUGCAGAGCUUCUCAACAGGGAUAGCGAUUGUGCACAGCCAGGCACCACAGCUGUGCCCGAAGUUGUGAAUUGCAAGCUUGCUAUAGCGCUAUGUAGAUAGUAGAAUGGAAACAUUUCUUCUUGUAAAUUUACUUAAUUUUGUGAUAGAGAAAGGGCAGGCAACAUGUUCUGCUUUAAUUUAUCAAUCAGUUGAUUUUAUUACAGUGGAAAAAGUGUCGAGAGACAGAGAGAUUAGAAAGUGAAAAGUUAUCUUUAUUCA